AUGUAUUCCACAAUUUGCCGAGUUGCUACUGUUCUUCAGAGUAGAUAUACAGCACCUGGAUUCUGGAUCAUUGGCCUAAGGCUCUUCGAAGAAGUGGAGAAUUUAGUAACCGAGUCUUCUGAAAUGGAGCGUAUGAGAAACUUCAUUGCCGGAGCACGGCACCAUCUGAAUGAGACCUGCUGCUACUAUUUCUACUUCAAAGAACAUUUACUUUCUGCUUAUAAGUAUGUGUCUUCGAGGUAUCUUUUUGAGGGGCAUCUGAAUGUGGACCCUGAACCAGCACCUCCUGCAUGGCUUGUAGCACAGAACUUACUCACCAGGCUUGCUGUUGCCCAAGUUUUGGCUUCUGCGUCUGGAUCUUCCAGAGGUCAGGAGGAACACAGUAAUGCUGGAGGGGUGGAAAUUGAUGAAUCUGUCAGAGAGUCGAUCGAUAAUAUGCAAGAAAUAGGUGGUUCUAUGGACCUUGAUAGUGCCAUCGAUGCUUCUUUGCAGGUAAUCGGUGGCGGACCGCAGAGACCACCACCUGCCUCAAAAGAGAUCGUCGCCAACUUGCCUGCUGUUACUGUGACCGAGGAAAUCAUUGCCAGGUUAGGCAGUGAGACAGAGUGUGCUGUUUGCUGGGAGAACUUGGCUGUAGAUGACAAGAUGCAGGAGUUGCCUUGCAAGCAUCUGUUCCAUCCACCUUGUCUGAAGCCAUGGCUGGAUGAGCACAACUCUUGUCCCAUAUGCAGACAUGAGCUACGUACGGAUGUACUAAGGCGAUGCAUGUUAUUGUUAAAGGUCAACGAAGCUCUGUUGCUACACAUCUUGUAA